UAGCAUAAAGGGAAAAUUCUGUUACCGAGAACGAGCGGCAAUAAUUGUGGUUUGUGAGAGUUUUCCCUCACCAGUAGUUGAAAGGGGCACCAGAAAUUCUACCUGUGCCAUUAUAUAAUAACAAGUCUUUAAUGGAAGAUUUAGGGGGUACCCGGUUUGAUGGUCUCAGCAAUGCUGUGAGGAGGAAGAGGAGUCAAACUUCGCGCAGGCCUCGACCUGAUUCACAGCCUGUUUCUGAAGGUCAUGACCUGUCUCCCUUGUCAUCGACGCCACCUUCAGAGGAUGCUGGCAAGGCAUCUAGUGAUGAGAAUGCUGGUUAUGACACUAAUUCCAAGAGAAAAGAAUUCAAUCUUAAUCAUUGUGUUUCUCAGGUCUCCGCAACUACCGGAGCCGAAGAUGAUAAAUCUCACAAAAAGAGUAAAAAGGAUGGAGUGUUCCAUGCGUUUUAUAAGAAUGAGCCUGGAAGGAGUGGUUUAUAUAAUAAACGCUGUAGUGAAGGCGUUCUUGCUCCAGCUAAUUGGAAAGGUUCUAGCAAAUCGAAUGAUAGCUUGGAUUUAGAGUCAAGAAAUGCAGAUAUCUGUGGUGGAAGGAAUCCCGAGAGUCUGAGUUUGGGGCCGUUUGGUGUUUCUCAGGAUGGAUUGGGGAGUGAGAACAGGGUUAAAAAGGUUAAACUCAAGGUUGGCGGUGUGACGCGUACUAUUCAAGCUAACUCUGCAUCCAAUGGUGCUUCAGGAAGUGGAUCGACUAUGAAGAGCUCACGUUCAUCAGAUGCCUCCAGACCCCGUCAAAAGCAACAGAGUAAUUCAGAUGAUAAUAAUUCUCCUUGUGAUAAGAGGAGUGGUCUGCAAGGCGUUCCGUGGAAGGAUUUCUCAAGGGGUGGUUUUGGUCGUGGGAAGGAGGAAUCAUUGAUGGGGAAGAUAUCUGGAAAGAACGCAUCUGGUAAGCAGGGAGACAAGUCGGAACCAGUUCGUAAGAGCAAGAGAGUACCAAAGAGACGUGUGCUUGAUGACGAAUUCGGUGAUGACGACGAGGAUGAUGAGAUCCGAUACUUGGAAAAGCUGAAAACAUCAAAAGUUUCUGCAGUCUACAGAGAUGAAGAAGAAUUAAGCAAGAAACGUCGGAAACUCUCUAGUGUCUCGAAUAUGGAAAAUGCAUCCUCGUCAAGGUCAGGCAAAAAUGGUAAGAAAAGGUCUAGAUCUGAUAAAAUGUAUGAGGACACAGAUUAUGAGGACGAAGAGGAGUCGGUGUCCGAUGGUGACCUGGAGGAUAAGAAAAAGAAGAAACAGAGGAAGGAAUCUGUUGAUGUAUUGAUGGACAGUAAGAGGGAAAUGACUCUUACAACACGCCAACGGGCCCUUCAAUCAAGCAAAGAUGCCUCUGCAUCUGGUGCAAGUUUAAUUGAGUUUCCCAAUGGAUUACCACCUGCACCGCCCAGAAAGCAAAAAGAGAAGCUUUCGGAAGUGGAGCAGCAACUGAAGAAAGCUGAGGCUGCCCAGAGGCGUAAAAUGCAAGUUGAGAAGGCUGCCAGGGAAUCUGAGGAAGAAGCUAUCAGAAAAAUACUUUGUCAAGACUCCAGUAGGAAGAAGCGAGAAGAUAAAAUAAAGAAGCGCCAAGAAGAGCUGGCACAGGAGAAGGAAGCCAAUGCACGAAUGCUUGCAUCUAGCACCAUCAGAUAUGUGAUGGGUCCUACUGGGACAGUUGUGACUUUUCCUGAUGAAAUGGGGCUGCCUAGCAUAUUGAACUCCAAACCCGUCAGUUAUCCUCCACCUCGUGAGAAGUGUGCUGGUCCAUCUUGUUCGAAUCCAUAUAAGUAUCGAGAUUCAAAAUCAAAGCUUCCUCUUUGCAGUCUCCAAUGCUACAAAGCGGUCCAGGGGAAGACGGCUGAUGAAACUAUCUCUUGAUGUUGCCAAUGAUCCUCAAUCACUGGUUUCUGCCAGUUAUAUUGCACCAUUGAUGUUUUUGUCUCUGGUAGAGGCUUUAGAUUACAGAAAUUGUGCGUUGAGCUUUUGGUAGAGAGCUCAUUUUGCGGAUUGUUCAUUUGCUCUAUUAUACAUUUUUCAAUGCUGGUAUAAGAGUUUUUGCGAUAAUGGUAUUUAGUUAAUUGGAAAUGGAUAAGGCAUGGACAGACCUGUCUUAUUCUGUUUAUUUCUUUUUAUUAGCAAUACUAGCUAGAAGUCAUUUUGGCAAUACCUUGCGAUGGGGACAAUUAAAGGAACUUCUAUGAUAUACUUUCAAUGCAUGAUUACACCCUUUUAAAUAGUUGGUAGUGUAUUGUUAUUUUACUUUGGUGUUGCCAAUGAUCCUUUGUCAGCAAUAGUGGUUUAUGCUAGUUAUAUGGUACCAUCGUUAUAUAUUUUAGGUAUUUGCUUUGGGUUAGAGCAAUGGUGUUUUGAGAGCUCCUAUUGCAGAUUGCCCAUUUGCUGCAUCAUACAUAUUUUUUCAA